AUGCAGGAGGAGGAGGAGGAGGACGAAGAGGAGGAGAAGCCGAAAGAGGAGGUGGAGAAGGAGGACGAGGACGAGGAGAAGCAGGAGGAUGAGGAGGAGCACAAGGACAAGGAGAAGCAGGAAGAGGAUGAAGAGAAGCAGGAGGAGGAGGAGAAGGAGGAUGAGGACAAAAAGAAGGAGGAGGACAAGGAGAUGGAGGAGGAGGAGAAGGAGGACAAGGACGAAGAGAAGUAGGAGGCGGACAAGGAGAAGCAGGAAGGAGGGGAAGAAGGAGAGGUGGACGAAGAGAAGCAGGAGGAGAAAGAGAAGCAGGAGGAGGUCGAGGAGAAGGAGGAAGAGGAGGACAAGGAGAUGCAGGAGGAGGAGGAGGAGGACGAAGAGGAGGAGAAGCCGAAAGAGGAGGUGGAGAAGGAGGACGAGGACGAGGAGAAGCAGGAGGAUGAGGAGGAGCACAAGGACAAGGAGAAGCAGGAAGAGGAUGAAGAGAAGCAGGAGGAGGAGGAGAAGGAGGAUGAGGACAAAAAGAAGGAGGAGGACAAGGAGAUGCAGGAGGAGGAAGAGGAGGACAAAGAGAAGCAGAAAGAGGAGGAGGAGAAGGAGUCGAGGAGGAGGAGAAGCCAGAGGAGAAACAAGGACGAGGAGAGGCAGUAUGAGGAGGAGGAGAGGCAGUACAAGGAGGGAGAGAAGCAGGAGGAGGAGGAGGAGAAGCAGGAGAAGGAGGAGGAAAAGCAGGAGGAGGACGAGGAGAGGCCAGACGAGGAGGGAGAGAAGCAGGAGGAGGAGGACGAGGAGAGGCCAGACGAGGAGGGAGAGAAGCAGGGGGAGGACGAGGAGAGGCCAGACAAGGAGGGAAAGAAGCAGGAGGAGGAGGACGGGGAGAAGCAGGGGGAGGACGAGGAGAGGCCAGACGAGGAGGGAGAGAAGCAGGAGGAUGAGGAGGAGGAGAAGUAGGAGGAGGAGAAGGAAGAGGACGAGGAGAUGGAAGACAAGGAUGAGGAGAAGGAGGAGGAGGAUGAGGAGAAAGAGGAGGAGGAGAAGGAGGAGGAGAAGGAGGAAGAGGACCAGGAGAAGGAGUACGAGUACAAGGAAAAGCAGGAGGAGGAGGAGAAAGAGGAGGAG